CUUAUUAAACAAGCAAAUAGCUCAAUUUUUAAGGAGGGAGUGGGCGGAGUACAUUUUUCGCUAUCGCAAAAAAAUGUGAUAAUAUGCAAAGGGUCCUGUUGGGUCUACUGGCAAAUUUAGGCAACCAUAACGCAACAAGCAAUUGUAAUGGAAACGCCCGCGGGUAGCACCGAGGUGCUGCAGGGCACUUGGACGCCAGCCGAAGGGGGUUUCAAAGGGUGGCUCACAGUGGCAGCCAGCUUCGUCAUUCAGGGCCUCAUCCUUGGAAUUAACUUUUCUUACAGCGUCAUCUAUGUUGAGCUGCAACGAAUUUUGGACAAGGAUGGAGUCGCAGAAACGUCUUACAAAACUUCUCUGGUCGGUUCUUUGAGCUUGGGCACGACUUUCGCCUUCUCAAUUUUGGCUGGAAUUUUAAACGACCUGUUUAGCUACAGGACGACCACAAUCAUAGGUGGAUGCUUCUGCCUUGUUGGCAUGUUCUCGUCCUCCUUCCUAAUCCACUAUGUUGAGGCCCUGUAUUUCACGUACGGAAUAAUGUUUGGAAUCGGCGCAGCUCUUUGCUUCAACCCGUCACUCGUGGUGCUGGGUCUGCACUUCAAAAAAAGAAUAGGCUUGGUGUGCGGAAUCGUGUCUGCUGGCUCCUCCAUUUUCACUUUCUGGUUGCCACCAGCCCUCGGAGCGAUGAUUCCCGCGAUUGGGCUUGAGUGGACGCUCCGAGUCGUUUCUUUUCUAAUGAUUCUCAUCCUUGUUGCAUCAUUGACCUUCAAUGUGCCAGACGGUGCGAAGGUGGAGGGAAAUGAAGGGAAGAAAUUCGAACUGUCUAAAUUUUUGAAUAAGGAAAACUGGAAGAGAAAGAAAUUCGUUAUAUGGACGAUCUGCAUUCCAAUCGCUCUCUUUGGAUAUUUUGUACCGUUCGUGCAUAUGAUGAAGUUUGUUAACGUGACAUUCCCCUCCGAAGAUGGAAAAAUUCCGCUCAUGUGCAUUGGUAUAGCUUCAGCAGUUAGUCGCGUGGCAUUUGGAUUCAUUUCAGAUUAUGACAGAAUAAAUCGAGUGAUGCUGCAGCAGUUUGCUAUUUUUUCAAUUGGCGUUUUGACCAUGCUUCUUGCGGCAGCCAACGCUUGGAUAUACAUUAUUUUGAUAACUCUUGGAAUCGGAAUUUUCGACGGCUGCUACUUCAGCAUGAUUGGACCGAUCGCCUUCGACUUGUGCGGGCCGAAAGGUGCCUCGCAGGCAAUCGGGUUCGUCAGUGGAUUAAGCGCGUUCUCAGUAACACUUGGACCAACCAUAGCAGGAAAACUGUUUGAAAUGUACAGCUCUUACACGGUGCCGUUUCUGGUGGCUGGCGCGCCGCUGAUACUAGGGGCCUGUGGCUUGUUUGCCAUUAUGUGUGUCAAAGUUUAAACAUUCACAUGUAAAAAAUGUGGCGUGAAUCCUCUAUCACGACUGUAGAAAUAAAUUUAUAUUUAGAGAUAAUAGUAGGAACUCGAUUAAUAGUAACUCGAGUUCCUUUAUAUGUUAGGAUUAAUGUCAAAUGUUUUAAGAUUAUAUAUGAUGUGUACUACUAUAUUUAAAA